UAAAUAUGUUUUAUUUAAAGAAAUAUAAAUGGCUAGAUCUGAAAACCAGAGCCGUCUUCAUAGAAUUUCUCACUUACAAUCCUAACUGUAACUUAUUCAAUACUGUACAGGUUGUUUUUGAAAUUGGAGCAUCUGGCUACGUCAAUUACAGGUUUGAGAUUCAAACAAGAAGGUUACUUAUUGUUGAGAGCGAUUUUAGAGGCACCCAAGUUGUGUUUGUGUGUUUCGGUUUGGUUCUCCUUCUGCUUACGAUUCGAGUGAUUUAUAAGAUGAUCAAGAAAGGUAAAACGUUCUUUUCAGACGCCUUGGAACUGUUUGAUGUGAUCAUAGUUCUCUUAAGUAUAGCCUCGAUAUAUUUAUUCAUCAAUCGGAUAGCACAGUUAAACAUUUAUCUGACAAAACUGUCGGAAUCGAAGAACAACGAGUUUGUCAAUUAUUUUCAUUUAUUUGUGGCAGACAACACUUUUACAGCACUUAGUGCCAGCCUAGUGUUUUUAGCUACCUUUAGACUGUGGAAAUUAUUAAGAUUUAUGAAAAUAGUUAAGGUAAUGGAAAAAACAUUGUACCAUUCGUCAGGACCACUAUUGGCGGCUCUACUAUAUCACUCAACUUUUAUGGUAGCUUUAUCCGUAAUUGCUACGUCGUUCUUUGGAUCGGAAUCAGAAUAUUUCCGCAACUUUUACAAGAGUAUGACCACAUUGUUGCUGCUCAGCAUGAACCUAAUCGACGAUUUUCCUAUGCACCCGUUCGAGCAACAUAAAUUGGGUUCAGCCUUUUUCGUUCUAUUCGCUUUGCUGUCCAUAUAUUUCAUCAAUGUCUACAUCGUCAUCAUCACCUACUAUUAUUCCCAAGCUAAGACAUUCUACUGCAACGAAAAAAGAAUGGUUCAAGAGUACCUGAAAAACAAAUGGAUUUAUUACACGACUUUGUUGAAGGUGCGCUUGACUCAACUCAGAGGAGGACAAGAUAUUCCAGAAAAUCUUAUUCAGUCAAUAUCAGUAGAUCGCUACAACGAUUUAUGUAUAGUGGCGAAAAAUAGAAUGAAAGCUAUGGCUUUGAUAUCAAAAUGCGUUUUGAGAAACGAAGAAAAAUCUAGGACUAUGACUGAAGAAGAUUAUGAGCUUAUUUCAGAAGUGAUAUGGCAGUUGUUUAGAAAAGACACGGACGAAAAAGAACUGUUCUUCAAAUGUGAGGAAGAGGAAACUGUAAAGUUUGUCGAUGAUCGAAAAAUAGAAAAAGAUCCGCUAGUAUAUGCGAGGAUCUUGCUAGAAAUGGGGAGGAUAUGA